AUGAGCCAUGAUGCACGAGGUCGGGACUCUCUCACGCCUUUGCAGAUAUGCACGGUGGCUAUCCGCCAAUUAGCCACUGGCGUCAGUGCGGAUACUUUCGAUGAGUAUCUCAAGGUCGCCGACACGAUAGGGCAUCUAUGCCUCAAGAGAUUCUGCAAGACUGUCAUCCGGACUUACGAAACCGAUGUCGCCGGUUCAAAUAACGACAUCAACGUUCUGAACCAGUCGUCUCUGUUCUCCGACGUGUUGGAUGGAACGAUGACGCCGAUGAUCUUUGAGACCAACCAACGCUACUACCAGAUGGGCUACUAUUUGUGCGACGACAUAUGUCCAGAGUGGCGCUGCUUCCUCAAGAGUCCGCCGAUGGUGAAAGAGCUGCCCAUUAGAGAGAUGAAGACGCAGGACACGGGAUGUCUAGCAGUGACUCGACGGAGAGUGCUCGAGCAACCCCGGUUUGCUUCGAGGAAUACGUGCAAAGAGAUGCAAUUCUCCGAGAUAGACAGAUAUAUGCUCAACUCCAACAUGAUUUGA